UGAGGCUCGGGUGAAGCCCUCAUGUUAUCAUUGGAUAGUUUAUGCUCAUACGACCAUCAUGCGAUACAAAGUGUGUGAUCUAGCGUCCGUACAGCAUUCCUUUACGGCAUCCAUCGAUCCAACCCAAAUUCUAUAUGCUUGCGCAACGUGGUUUAUUUAUAUUUCAUUUUUUUUAUAUAGCUCGCAAGAGAUAUCCCCAGCACAGCCCAAAACUCCACCUGAGGAAUACCGUGAGGUAGGCAAGGAGUGAAACGGGAAAGUAAGCUGGAGGUAUAGAUAUCUUGCUUCAGAAUGACUCAAGCUUGUCCAAUCACUAGCACUGCGCUAGUGGGGUCGAGCCAAAAUUAAGCAACACGAAGUUGCGGCCGUACACCCCAUGGAAAAGGACUCAAGGG